UUUGGAUUCCCAGGUUUUACAUGUCGGAAUAAACUUUUUCAGAGAACUGCAUUUUUGUAGGGGAAGUGCGAAUCUGCAUUAGCCUCAUCCCCAAAAAUCUCGUGAUUUUAGUGGGUGCAUCGGCUUUUCCAUCAUCCUCAAAAAUUUCAAGGACACGAAAACCGACGUACAUGACAGAGAUCAGUCAGGAUAUUAUAGUACAGUGAGCUGUGACCAUAUGGACCUUAAGAAAAUUGUCACUCGAUCUUGGAAGAAAACAGUCUUGAAUAGUCCAUAUUUAUUUGAAAACCUCAACAAUGAGCUCCAGGAACAGAUUCUUAAUUUGCGUUCUGCUGCUGAAAAAUCAAGGAAAAAUGUGGCUUGGAGUGAUGCUCCAACUGUCAAAAAGUCAAGGAAGGAUGAUAAAGGUUCUAAAUUAAAACUGAGAAGACAAUUAUCCCUGAAAGGGUCUGAAGAAAAAGGGAUGAUAGGAAUGUCUUGGAUCCAAUGUGAUAGCUGCUUAAAAUGGAGAUCUGUAACCAAACAGGAAGUUCAUGGAUGGUGUGAUGAUGACAAGAAGUGGAUUUGCCAAUUCAACAAAGAUCAGGCAAAGAAUAACUGCAAUAUCGAAGAAGAUAAUUUUGAAUCCAUUGAGAAAACUAUGUGGAAAAAGGGAGUGGUGUUUGUAUAUCCAUAUUUAACCCCAGGAGAUUUGGUAAUGGCCAUCAUGGCAGGCUACUGUUGGUGGCCAGCUGUUGUAAGCUUUGAUCCAUUCUGUAACGGAUACGUUGAGUACCAGGAAGAAGAGCAAAGAAAACACCAGGAAGUGGAAGAGAUUGUUGUAGACAGUUACCAUGUGGAGUUCUUGGGCACACCUCGCUCUCAUGCUUGGAUUUCAAGCAGCUGUAUUGACUUGUUAGAUAGCAACCCUCUAUCACUAGUUUCAAAGAAGUAUAUGCCUAAAAAUAAGGGUCGUAAAAGCAUAUUCAGAGGAAACAGUAUUGAAGGGGCCCUGAAAGAGGCAGAGAUCUUUCAGAAGUUGUCCAAGUCUGUCAGACUGAAAAGAUGUGUCUUCAAUCAUACUGGAAGAGAACACAGUACCAAAAUAGGCAAGAAUAACAUCAAUAACAAUAGAGUCAUGACUUCAAGUGCCAGAAGAGGAGAACAUAGUUUCUUUGAUAAACCUGUAUUGGAAUUUAGUUGUGAUAACCCCAAACUCUCCAGAUUGACACAAGUGACAGCAACAUCAACAACAGCAGCUGCAGUUACAGUGGCAGCAAAACUUCAGGACAUAAGAGUACAAGAAGGCUAUACCCAUUGUAGUCACUCUCUUGAUAAGAGGCAACAUUUCUUUGAUAGUGAAGAAAACAUUGUCUCUGAAUAUAUAGAGAGUAGUUCUGUUGGAUCAGGCAGUUCUACGGUCUAUGAUGCAUCUGUCUACCCAAAGACACCACAGGACCCGUGUAAUGACCAGAACAUCAAGGUGAAUCAGAGUAAUAGUACAACAGUAAUGACUCCCUUUGCAAGGAACCCCACACUAAACAUGAGCUUGGAAGAAAAACUUACACAAGAUAUAGAGAAUUACCACAGACAUGAAGCAGAUUUCACAGUGGAUUUGAAACAGUUCCUGACUUCCAACAACAUGCACCUUGAGGUUGCAAUGUGGGAAAAUAUCACUAUUGAUACAUACCAGUUCUACUGUGUGGUACUGGAUGCAGGCGGUUAUAGCACUGUAACACAUAAAAGGAAGUGGGCUGUUAUAUACCGUGAGGUAACAAAUACAUUACAGAAAUACAAAGGUCAUGUUGCCCGAAGCUAUUAUGAAAGGAAUCUCCUUGCAUACGAAAUCUACAAAUCUGGGAAUGUUAAAAUCCAACAUGAUACUACACAGCCAAAAGCAAAAAGUAAAAGAAAAAUACCUGCAGGACUGUUGAACAAUAACAACAACCUUACUAAAUACAGUGCUUUAGAUGAUAUUUCAGAUACUCCAGCCAUAUUCGAACAUUUCAAGCUGGUGGAUCAAUACAAUACCUCUUAUCAGUUUGAAUAUGAAAUAUUUCAAGAAACUGAAAAAAAAGUAGGAGCAAAUUUAAGAGACUACACUGAUCCCAGCUCUUACUACACUCCUGACAGUGACUACCAGAUCCUUUUAGGAGACAUAACAUCCAUAGAGAAUUUUACAACUCAUUAUACAGGAGUGGUCACUCGAAACUCAAGAAAACUCUACAUCAGUGGAAGACUGAGUCCCUCAGCAGCUCAGUUUAGAAGCUCCAGAAACUCCUUAGACCACCCAAAAAUGACCUCACCAGAAGAAACAACUGGACCCCUUCCUUUGAGCCCAGCUGAAAAGACAUUUGGUUUUGAUCUUCACUUACCUUCCAUAAUUCCUCCACGGCCUGGACGUAUCCGAACUCUAAACCUGCGGCGCCAACCUGGAGGUGAUUUUGGUUUCUCUCUUCGCAAAGGAGUUAUCAUGCAACGAACUAACACCGAUUGUUUUGGUUCAAAGCAAACUGUGAUCUUUGCAGAACCUGGAACGGGACCAAAAGCUACUGAGACCGGUUUACUGCCUGGAGACCGACUGAUUGAAGUUAAUGAUAAAAAUGUGGAGAAGGCCAAGAGAGAGGAAAUAAUUGAAUUGAUUCGUACAUCUUCAGACACUGUUGUAUUGAAGGUUCAACCAGUUCCAGAACUUUUGGAACUUAGUGUUCGUACUGCUGCUGAUGGAGUUAAAAUUGAAGUCCAAGAUGAUGUUGUGAAAGGUGGUACUCUUAAAAGGAGUGGCAGCGUCCGUUACAAGAAAACGUUCUCUGAACAAUAUGAUGAGAUUUUGACAAAAUCUGAAGAAGAUGUUAAAACUGAGAAAGCUUGGUUGGAGUCGGAUAAGAUAUGGCUGAUCCAUAAGGGUGGAUUUUCUGGUGCCACACUUUUAAAAACUAAUGGUAUGUCGCCCCUCCCUGAUGGAAAAGUCAAGGUGAAAAUGGAUCAUGGUGGAGAGGUUAUUGAAGUGGAUGAAGAAGACAUUGAGAAGUCAAAUCCUCCGCAGUUUGACAAGACAGAAGAUUUAACAAUGCUUCGUUACCUCAAUGAAACCAGCCUUCUCCAUGUUAUCCGACAACGGUAUGGCAGCAACCUUGUCCACAGUUAUUCAGGACCCACUAUGAUUGUAGUCAAUCCCAUGGUACCAUUGUCCAUUUAUUCAGAAAAGGUUAUCCAGAUGUUUAAAGGUUGUAAACAGGAAGACAUGCCCCCUCAUAUCUAUUCAGUGGCCCAGCAUGCUCACCGUGAAAUGCUGAGUAGCCGUCUUGACCAGUCUAUCGUCCUGAUUGGCCGUAGUGGCAGUGGCAAAACUACAAAUGCCCACCACAUUCUGCAGUAUUUUGUCCUGGCAUCGGGCAGUGUCAAUAAUUUUAUCACAAUUGAUAAAGUAAACUCCAUGGAUGUCCUAUUGGAAACAUUUGGCAAUAGUCGCACAAUUCUCAAUACCAAUGCUUCUAGGUUUUCCAAGCUGACCACCUUAGACUUUGACUUUUCGGGACAGGUGUCUGGUAUAACAAUCCAGAUUAUAAUGCUGGAGAAAUCACGUCUGGUAAGGCGACCAGAAGGAGAGCCAACUUUCCAUGUCUUUUACCAAAUGUUGGCUGGAGUUGACUCUGUGUUAAGGAAUGAAUUGCAGCUGAACACUCUGAAUGAGCAGAAUACAUACAUGACACCUCUUCAAAGAACUGAAGACAGACAAAAAGCAGCACAGUCUUGGGCCAAAGUAACCAAUGCUAUGGAAGUUCUGGGAUUUUCACCUGAGGAAAUGAAGGCAGUAUUCUAUGUAUUGGCAGCCAUUUACCAUCUUGAAACUGCAGGAGCUGUUAAAGGAACCAAUAAUAAAGCACAAUUUGCAAAACCUGCAGCUGCACAGAAAGCUGCAAACCUUCUGGGCAUCAAAGUGGAGGAACUUGCACGUACAAUCUUCAGCCCAUCAGCAGGAUCUAGUGGUACUUUAACCCGAAGUGCUUCUAUGAGGAUCUCAAAUGCUGCUGAUAGGCAUACAGGAGACUCUGGAUCUUCUGCAACUGAUGCUCUUGAAGCUUUCCUCACAGGUCUUUACACAGAACUAUUCAGUGUCCUGGUUGGUUUAAUAAAUAGAUCAUUAAUGUCAAAUUAUCGCAACCUUGGAUCCAUCACAAUUCUUGACACACCUGGAUUCCAGAAUCCAUCAACUUGUGGUCGUAACUCAGGUGCUACAUUUGAAGACCUUUGUUGCAACUAUAUUCAAGAACGCUUACAGUUAUUCUUCCAUGAUGCAACCUUCACUCUGCAACAGGAUCGAUAUUCUCAGGAAAAUAUAGAAUGUGAUUUCGAAUUUGUGAACACCAGUCCUGCUGCUUUGGUGUUCUUGAUAGACAAACCUCCGCAACAAACUCUGUUGAGAGCAUCAAACCAAGAUUUACGGGAUGCUGACAAAAAGGGUCUUCUCUGGUUACUUGAUGAUGAAGCCAUCUUUCCUGGUGCCACUGAAGAUUCUUUCAUGGAACGACUGUUUACUCAUCAUGGAGACCAUCCCGUCAAACGUGACAGUUUGCUGAGGAAGGGCUCCCUUGGACACACAUUUAUUUUGAAUCACUUCCAAGGUACCAACCCAGUCCAGUACAAUGCUACUGGAUGGUUGAAGGCUUGUCGAGAGAAUAGUGUUAGCAAAAUUGCCAUUCACAUCCUUCAAGACUCCAACAGGAAUAACAUAAGUGACCUUUUCACAACAAUACGGGGUGCUAUCUCUACAACAGUGAGUAGUUCUUCCAUUGGCGCAGAGAAACCUACUUCAUCACUGCGCCGAGCUGCCAGUAUGCGCCGAACUUUGACUUCUUCUGGAGCCAAUUUGAAACGAAAAUCCAUUUGUCUGCAAGUCAAACUGCAAGUGGAUUCCAUUAUAGAAACCCUACGUCGUACCAAGUGCCAUUUUGUCCAUUGCGUCCUGCCCCAGAACAACGCUGGGCUAUGUGAACUGAAAGGAGGCGCAGCCAACACCACAGAGUCAAAUCUACUUAACGUUCCAUUGGUCCGUUCACAGAUACGUGGGGCAGAGAUUUUGGAAGCUGUUCGUAUUUUUCGCUUGGGUUUCCCUGAUUUCCUGCAGUUCAGCGAAUUUAAACACCGUUUUGAGGUUCUCAUGCCUCUUGGCCUCAAAACAGAUGGCAUGGAUGAAAGACAGAUUAUCAAACACUAUCUGGAUCACAUGGAUAUCGAUAAACUCAACUAUCGCAUUGGAUUAAGUCAGGUUUUCUUCCGUGCUGGAUCACUUACUAGCCUUGAAGUGGCUCGUGAUGAGAAGAUCACAGGAACAAUUACCAAAUUCCAAGCCUGCUGCCGAGGUUACCUAGGACGUAAGAAGUUAGAAAAACUUAAACUACAACAGACAGCCAUUAGCUGUAUACAGAAGAAUGUGAGAAAAUUCAUGCUUAUCCGAGACUGGCCAUGGUGGCGAUUGUAUGUCCGGGUCAAACCUCUACUUAAUGUCCACAAAACUGAGGAGGAACUAAAAAACAAAGAGGCUGAAUUGGAACAACUGAAGGUGAAGUUUGAAAAAGUUGAACGUGAGAAGAACGAAUACAAGUUACACUGUGACCGACUUGACUCCAGACUCUCAGAAUUGAACGCUGACCUCGCAGAGGAAGCAACAACCACCAGCCAUGCAUCUGAAAUGCUUGAGCAAGAAACUGCUGAACGAAUGCGUCUUGAAAAGGAACUCAAGGAUGUCCAGGGUAAAUACAAUCAGACACGUCGACAAAAUGAGAAGCUGGAGCGUGAAGUGAUGCAAUGUCGUCUUUGGCAAGCAACCUCAUUUGAUGGUGAUGCAGAAGAAGAUACAGCUGAUGAGAGUGUUUACAAAGAACGCUACGAGAAAUCCCGGAAAGAACUUCACUUCCUGAAACAACAACUACAACAUCAACACGAGGAAGAACUACAACAAGAACAGAACAUUAAGCGACAUCUAGAGAAAAGGUGUCAGGAGACGACAGAGGAGAGAGAAACACUACGCCAACAGGUGUGCAGUCAGAAGAAGAAAUGCACCAAACUGAAUGCUGAAAUGCAAGAUAUUAAGCGACAUCUUGAUGAACAAACAUCUCGUAAUAACGACCUAGAAAGAAAGCAAAGAAGGUUUGACAGUGAACUAAACAUGUCCCAGCAAGAGUGUCGUGAAGAGAGAUCUCUCAGAGAAAAGAUACAGAGGGAAAAGGAAGAAUUCCAGGCUCUUAAGUAUUCCUUGGAACAAGCCAAUAGUGUAAGCUCCAUUUGUGUCCAUUUGUGAGUUUCUAAAACUCAC